ACAAACGCACGUUUCUUAUGACCGUCUCGUUACAACCAAUCGACGACGAGCGAUCCGUAGAUUCGUUUCCCUCCAACGGAAGAAAGUUAGACACUGGUUGGACACGUCAGAAUAUAUAUAUAUAUAUAUAUAUACAUAUAAAUAUUUGAAAGAUUGUUUUGCAUUUAUAUACAAUAUAUACUGAAAAUGGUGUUCUGAGAGGAGGAUCUGUGCGCGAGAAGAGGAGUGGUUUCCCCUCAUAGAUGAUGAACGCGAAUCUUGCGUGACAGGAGUAGAAAGGCGGCAAAUUACCGUUUCUUCGGGAUGAAGCGUCUCGAACACGCUCCCGGUCAAAGGCAUUGACGACAUCCAACGACAUCGCGUUUGACGCCGUCCAAGUACGAUGUCAGCCAACAGUAGCUCGUCCUCUCGCAAGGCCUGCUGCUUCUGCAAUUCGAAGGAGAACGACGAGUUAGAGUAUGGAAAGAUCUACGAACAUGAUGGAAUUGUUACGCACUAUUAUUGUCUGCUCUUGUCUUCGAACAUGGAACAGAAAGGAAACGAUGAUGAAGGCAUACUUGGAUUUCUUGCGGAAGACAUACAAAAGGAACUUCGCAGGGGAAAGAGAUUGGUAUGUUCUUACUGCAAAAAGAUUGGUGCUACUUUGGGUUGCUGUAACAUAAGGUGUAAAAAGAUUUUCCACCUCCCCUGUGGCUUGAAAGCUGGUUCUUUACAUCAGUUUUUUGGUGAAUUCAGAUCAUAUUGUGUAAAUCAUAGACCAAAACAAAAGGUCGAUGAACAUAUUGUAAAGCAGAUUGGUUCAGUAGAUAAUGUAUUAUGUUAUAUUUGUUAUGACAAAGUUAACGCCGAUGACUUUGUGAAAACUCUAUGGGCUCCUUGCUGUAAAAAGGACGCAUGGUUUCAUCGUAAUUGUAUUCAGCAACUUGCAUUGAGUGCAGGAUAUUUUUUCAAGUGUCCUUUAUGUAACAAUAAAAAAGAUUUUCAAAAAGCUAUGUUGGAAUACGGCAUUUUUGUGCCGAGUCAAGAUGCUUCAUGGGAAUUGGUACCAAACGCAUUUGAAGAGCUCUUGUAUAGACACGAUCAGUGUGAUGCAACAAAAUGUCUUUGUCCAAAGGGAAGGAAAUAUACGAGCAAUAAUGCUAAAUGGGAAUUGGCAUUAUGUCGGACUUGCGGUUCACAAGGCAUCCAUAUGGCUUGUGGGCAGUUAAAGUGGGCAAAUCCAGUAUGGGAAUGCGAGGAAUGUACUUCCAUAUUACGUAAUUCAGAUAAUAACAAAUGUGCAAGAUUGAAUAACAGUUCAACAAUAGGCAGUUCCAGUCAGAAUAAAGAUUCAAAUUCUGAUUCAGACUCUGAGCAAGAUUCAGACUCUGAUUCAGAUUUGGAUAGUGAUACAGAUAUCUCUGUGGGAACUGAUUUUCCCAUGCCGCCGUAUUCAUUAGCCAGUAAUUCAUCUUCAUCUCUUCUUAACUCUUCAUUGGAUUCUAUUCUGGACGUUAAAUUGCGACCUGGACCACGAUCUUUCAAAUUACAGCAGCAAAUGAACAAAUUAGAAAAAUGCCGGUUGGAUUUAGCAAAUACUAAUCUUGAAAAAAAUAUAACCACUGAAGUUAGUUUAAAAGAUACUAGAGAAUUAUUGAAUGAUGAUGAGAAGAAAAAACCAUCGAUAAGUAAAGAAAAUAUUUUUCAACAAGGAAGUAAGGAAGAUAGCUCUCAGAAUAAAAGUAAGGAAGAUAGCUCUCGGAAUGAAAAUAAGGAAAAUAGUCCUCGGAAAGAAAAACAAGUGACCCAAAAUGGAGAAAAAGCUCGACCAAAGGAAGCAGAUGUUAUUACAAUUGAAAGCGACAACGAUGAUGUAGAGAUUAUUUCAUUAAUUAAACCAAAAAUAAAUGAAACGAAAACUCCACCUCUACGCAUGCAGCAGUCUACACAAUCGAGUAGCUCGCGUGUUUCUGAUGCACCAACAACAUCAGAAUGGUCUUUAGAAUCGUUGAUACGUACAAUGUUAAAUACUAAAGAUAAUUCUGCAAAACUUAAAAGCGCAGCAAUCAAUUUAUUGAAAUAUGAUGAUAUCAGUCUAUCAAAAUCUACUGUAUUAGAGUCAAAGGCUUUUAAUACAAAUGAAACUAUCGCCUUAGAUCAAGUCGCUGAAAUUACACCACGAGAAUCCACAUCAGAUGUAGCUGCUUCAAACAGUGAAUUGGAGGAAACAAAUACGGAAAUAGAUUUAAGUAAAACAUCUCUUAUGAAUAUAAAAAUUACUAAUGUUACUUCUCUGCCGCCUGAAGUAUUCGAAAGUGUACCUGACGUAUGCAGUGACGUUAAAUCACAUGAGAAUACUACUGAUACCUCGUCUCUUUCUCAAAAUAAAAUGUUGGAACAACUUUUCACACAUGCCUUGUCUACAAAACGUAGCAUACAUGAAGUGAAUGGCGUUACUGACAACCGUAAGAAAAUCAAAAGUUUUGACGAAAAAUUAUCUGAAGCGAGUUCUGCAGUCAGCGUUAUUGUUGCAAAUAAUUCAAAAAUUACAAAAAAUGAUAUACCAAUGACAAAUACAAUAAGUAAUAUGAAUAGGCAGCAAAACGUAAGCAAAGCACCUGCAAGCGAGAUUAUCAAUGAUAAAAAUUUCUUGAAAUGCAUAUCUGCAUCUAGAAUCAACAUUUUACCUCCGCUAAAUAAUAUUCAAAAGAAUGACUUACCUACACGAUUCAUAUCACUUAAUGAGGUGGAUGGUGCGAGUCAAAUUGUAUCGCAUUUGAAAAAAAACGGUGUACCUGUUACCAAAAACGAUCAAGUUUAUUUGCAAUUUUCGGGUGGCAGUUUUUAUUUGCAACCAAUACCAAACCCCUCGAGCAUUAGAUUUACUCAAAAUGCAGAUAAAACAAACGUGUUUACUAUACCAUCGAGUAAUACAAUUCAUAAGUUAAACAAUGCAAAUAAUGUCGUCAAAACCAUGCUUUUAAAGGAACCAAUCAACAAGGCUAAUGUAACUGCCGCACCUGUUCCAAAUACAAUCGAUAAUCGAAUAUUAAUAGUAAAUCAACAAGGAACUUCCUCGAAGGGAGAUGUACUUCCUAGUACAUCCAGUGUUAGAAAUGACUCAACAAACAAAUCCUACUGUGACGGGGAUGCAGGCACCAGACCUGCUGAGACCGAAUCGACUAGCCGGGAGAAGGACGAUCUACCAAGCGAUUCCCAUAGAAGUGGGCUCAGUAAACAGGAGGUCAAUGGUUCUGUUGCCUGCAAUGUCUUCCCCCAAGUCACAAACAAUCACAACACCUGUCGUCAACCUAGACUAAUACCGCGUUACAUGAAUUUACACGACCUCAAAUUUCGAAUCUGCGACUCGAACAAUGUUCAGAUGACUCUAUACGAUAUGUUCUCCGUAAAGAUCUCGUUGAAGAAUUCUAAGAACAAUAAAAAUAGAUUAGUAAGCGCGGCUGUACCGCAGGAGUCACAAGGAUCCCCCGCCCUGGCAUCUCUUGAAGCUUCGUGCAGUUCAGAUUACACCGAUAAUACCUCAACUGAGAGACAAUGUACCGAGAAAUUUUUUCGCUCUUUAACAAAUUGUUCAAUUAACGACAAGAGUGCAUGCGCUAAAUACGUAACGCAUGACGACGCUAAAGAGAAUUUAGAUCCGGUUAGACCCACGAGAAUACUCUCGUGUAACAGCACAUUAGACAAUUUAAAUCUGACGAGUAAUGUUGAUGACACGGUGUCUGUGAAUGACUCUUUCCGUGACGAAGAUGACAAUGAGCAUCUCAUUUCAAGUGAUAUUAAUUUAAGUAUUGUAAAUCGAACGAUUUGUAAUACAAAUGUAGAUAAUGUUACGGAUAACAUGAGUAACCAAGGUUCGCGAGUCAAUUUAGAAAGUGUGCAGCAGCAUAAACAAGCGCCUAUGUGUAAUGCGUUUCUUGCGCCUGCAGAAAAAAAGUCUGAGACUCUGCUAUUUUGUAAGGAUACUAAUAGAAUAGUACACGAUACUGAUGUUGAUUUGAACAUUGUUAAUAUGAAUAAAAAUAUUGAAAAAGUAUCGCAAGAUAUUACUGUUCUAACGAGUCGACAUAUCGAUGGCGAUAGAAGUGGCAAUUAUCAUACAGACGAUUCUUCGACGUUACGGAACGACUAUAAACAGUUGGACAGUACGAAUAUAAUGAAAUCAAAGAUUAAUAAUCAGAAUGUUGUCACGCGUGCCUCAAAUAUUACAAAAUUUAACGAACACAGUAUUUUGAAUAAGCAGAUCGAUGCAUGCGAUUCUAAAAAAUUUAUUCGAUACGUGACGUUUCAGGAAAAUGUACGUAAUGAUGGGACUAAGAUCAAAAGUAACGACAAAUUUUGCCUAAAAGUGAGCGUAGAUUUAUGUAAGAUUCAAAACCUAAUCGAUUCUAAACCGGAAUUAUUUCAAAAUCACAAGAACGAACAACAGCGGCAAGACGCCAACGAACAGCAGCGUACGUGUGCAAGUCGAUUACUUGGCCUAAAUCAUUGUGUUCGACAACAAACAAAAUACUGUGAUAUUCAGAAUGGAGAUAACAUUAACAACUGUCUGCUCAAGAAUAGGGAAAAAUCAAAUACAUUCCUACAAAGAUCGAAUCAAGGAAUCGGAUAUUUUGAUAAAGACACCUUGGAUAGAUAGGGGUAACAUGGAGAAUACUCUGUAUGAUAAUAAAUUUAGUUAUUAUAAAACAGGAAAAAUCGAUAUUUAAAAUCGCUAUAAAUAAUUUUAUAAAUAAUUUGUAAAAUAUGCAAAAUACAUGCACUACUUGUUAAUGAAUAAAAUUCUUUUUAUACUUUUAUUGGUAAAAGUAAAUCGAAAAUAUGAGCCAUAGUUUUGAUUAAAUUUACUAAAUUUUCUCCUUUAAAUUGUAACAUAGUUGCCAGAUAUUUUAUUGGCAUAAUAUUCUUUGAUAUAUACACAUAUACAGAUGUAAAAUUAUUUUUCAUGUUACAUAAUGUAAUAAAAUGAUUUUAUUUAUACAUUA